AUGGGGGAGGACAGGGGACGGGAGCCGGGGGCGGAGGCGGCGCUGCCCCGGGGGGCCGACGGCGGCGAGGACACGCGACAGUGCGCCCUGUGCCUGCAGCGCGGCGACGCCCCCGCCGAGGAGGCGGGGCGGCUGCUCUACAUCGGCCAGAACGAGUGGACUCACGUCAACUGCGCCCUGUGGUCGGCCGAGGUCUUCGAGGAGGCCGACGGCUCCCUGCGCAACGUCCACGCCGCCGUGGCCCGCGGCCGCCAGCUGCGGUGCGAGCUGUGCCGCCGGCCCGGGGCCACGGUGGGCUGCUGCCUGGCCGCCUGCCCCAGCAGCUUCCACUUCAUGUGCGCCCGCCGGCGCCGCGCCGCCUUCCAGCGCGACAAGAAGGUCUUCUGCCAGCGCCACACCGGGCUGCUCGACGGCACGGGGCUGGUGCCCGAGGAGGGCUUCGCCGUGCUGCGACGCGUCUACGUCGACUUCGAGGGCAUCAGCUUCAAGCGCAAGUUCCUGGGGGGGCUGGAGCCCGGCGCCGUCCACGUGGUCAUCGGCUCCACCCGCAUCGACAGCCUGGGAGCCCUGACGGAGCUGUCGGAGUGCGACGGGCGCCUCUUCCCCGUCGGCUACCAGUGCUGGCGGCUCUACUGGAGCACCCGGGACGCCCGGCGCCGCUGCUGGUACCGCUGCCGCAUCCUGGAGCACCGGCCGCGGCCCGGCACCGAGGGGGGGCCCGGCCCGGGGGGGCGCGAGCACAACCGCACCAUCGCCCACGGGCCCCUCGAGGGCGCAGCUGUCGCCCCCCCCGCGGCGCCCGGCCCCCCCCCGGGGCCCCCCGAGGCGGCGGCCCCCCCCCGCGGCCCCCCCGGCCCCCGCGGCCCCGGCUACUCCCCCCCCCGGCGGCCCCCCCCCGGCGGAGCCUCCCGCCCGCUGCCGGCACCCGGCAGUGCCACCCCGGCCCCCCACCACAUCGUCACCGUUGGGGACCCCGAGUUCCCCCCGCCGCGACGGGCGCGACGGCCCCUGUCACCCGCCGGUGGCCCCCGCGGCCCCCCCCGGCCACCGCCCCGUCCCCCAUCACCCGCCGCGUCCCCCGGCGGCUCGGGGUCGUCCUCGGAGCCAGCGUCACCCACGGGACCAGCGUCACCCUUGAGGCCACCGUCGCCCAUGGGACCAGCGUCGCCCUUGGGACCGUCGUCACCCUUGGGGUCACCGUCACCCGCGGGACCAGCGUCACCCGCGGGACCGUCAUCGCCCUUGGGGCCAUCGUCACCCGUGGGAGUGAGGUCAUCCAAGAAGCCAACGUCACCCAUGAGGCCACCGUCACCCAUGGCACUGAGGUCAUCCAUGGAGCCACCAUCGUCCCCAAGGCCACCGUCACCCAUGGGACUCAGGUCAUCCGUGGAGCCACCGUCUUCCCCAAGGCCACCGUCACCCAUGGGACUCAGGUCAUCCGCGGAGCCACCAUCGUCAACGAGGCCACCGUCAUCCAUGGGACUGAGGUCAUCCGUGGAGCCACCAUCGUCCCCAAGGCCACCGUCACCCAUGGGACUCAGGUCAUCCGCGGAGCCACCAUUGUCAAUGAGGCCACCGUCACCCAUGGGACUCAGGUCAUCCGUGGAGCCACCAUCGUCAAUGAGGCCACCGUCACCCAUGGGACUCAGGUCAUCCAUGGAGCCACCAUCGUCCCCAAGGCCACCGUCACCCAUGGGACUCAGGUCAUCCGUGGAGCCACCAUCGUCAACGAGGCCACCGUCACCCAUGGGACUCAGGUCAUCCAGGAAGCCAACGUCACCCAUGAGGCCACCGUCAUCCAUGGGACUCAGGUCAUCGGCGGGGCCACCACCGCCCGCGGGGCCACCGUCACCCAUGGGACGACGGUCAUCCGUGGAGCCACCACCGCCAACGGAGCCACCGUCGCCCGUGAGGCCACCGUCAACCGUGAGGCCACCAUCAACCGUGAGGCCACCGUCACCCAUGAGGCUCAGGUCAUCGACGAAGCCGCCCGCGAGGCCGCCGCGGUGGCCCGGGGACGCCCCGUCGCCGGCGGGGGACAGCAGCGAGGAGGAGGAGGCUCCGCGGGGCGGUGGCACCCGCGGGCGCUACUCCCGCUUCGCCCGCACCGUGGUGACGCGGGAGCCACCGCCGCCGCCCGCCGCUGCCCCCCGCCCGCCCCACAUCGACCAGCUGGACGGGGUGGACGACGGCGGGGACAAGGGACGGGGGGACGGGCCACCGCCCGGGCCACCCCCGGGGCCGCCGGCCGCCGAGGACCUGCCCUCCGACAUCGUGGACUUCGUGCUGAGGAGCAUGGGCGACGGCGGCAAGGCGCCGGGGGCCCAGGCGUCCGGGCCGGGCCUCAACGGCGACGGCGGCUCCCCCUGGGACCCCGAGGUGGCCGCCUGCCACCCCGUGGGGACGCGUCACCGAGGGGCCCCCCGGGGCCACGUCACCCACGGAGGUGCCGCCCACGGUCACGUCAUCGACGGCCACGUCAACCAUGGAGGUGCCGCUCAUGACGUCAUCGAUGGCCACGUCACCCGUGGAGGUGCCGCUCAUGACAUCAUCGACGGCCAUGUCAACCAUGGAGGUGGCGCUCAUGACGUCAUCGAUGGCCACGUCACCCGUGGAGGUGUCACCCACGGAGGUGCCGCCCAUGGUCACGUCAUCGACGGCCACGUCACCCAUGGAGAUGCCACCUACGGAGGUGCCGCUCGUGACGUCAUCGACGGCUAUGUCAACCAUGGAGGUGCCGCUCAUGACAUCAUCGAUGGCCGUGUCAACCACGGAGGUGCCGCUCAUGACAUCGUUGACGGUCACGUCACCCAUGGAGGUGCCACCUACGGUCACGUCAUCGAUGGCCACGUCAACCGUGGAGACGCCACUCGUGACGUCAUCGAUGGCCUCAUCACCCAUGGAGGUGCCAUGUACGGAGGUGCCACCCGUGGUCACGUCAUCGAUGGUCAUGUCAAGCAUGGAGGUGGCACUCAUGAUGUCAUCGAUGGCCACGUCAGCCAUGGAGGUGCCACCCACGGUCACGUCAUCGAUGGCCACGUCAACCAUGGAGACGCCACUCGUGACAUCAUCAACGGUCACGUCACCCAUGGCGAUGCCGCUCAUGACGUCAUCGACGGCCACGUCACCCACGGAAGUGCCACCCAUGGAGGUGCCACCCACGGUCACGUCAUCGAUGGCCACGUCACCCACGGAGGCGCCGCCCACAACGGUGACGCCCACCCAGAUGCCACCUCCGGCCGCCCCGCCCGCCGCAACGCCGUGCACCGUGAUGAUGUCACCCUCCGCGACGUCACUUCCUGCGACGGCGCCCGCCCCGCCGCUCCCGCCUGCAGGGCCACCCGCCGCGGUGGCACCCGCUGCGACGUCACCCUCGGCAGCAGCCCCCGCGGCCCCGCCCGCCACGGCCACGUCAUCGGCGGCCGCGUCACCCGGGAAGAUGCCACCCGAGGCCCCGUCACCGAGGGGACGCCCUGGGGGCCCAGGAUGCCCUGGGGACCCCCCCAGACCCCACCCGGGGGUCCCAAGCGCCCCGGGGAGCCGCUGGGCGCCGAGGCCAAGCGGCCGCGGCUGGAGGCGGCCGACGGGGACGGGGACGGCAGCGAGGGGACCCUGGGCGUCAGGCCGGGCCACCUCCGGGUGCCGACGCCGACGCUCCGGGACGCCCUUGACGUCAAGGAGGAGCCGGAGGAGUUCAGCGACGCCGACAGCAUCGGGUCCAGCCGGGUGCCAUCGCCGGGGCCACCCAUGGGUGACACCUCCCCGGACACCCCCCCGGAGCCGCUCUGGCCCCCCAGCCCAGGCGUGUGCGGGCGCCCCGAGGACAAGGAGAACCGGCGGCCGCCGCGGGCCCGACCCCACCUGCGCUUCGAGAUCAGCAGCGAGGACGGGCUGAGCGUCACCGCCGACACGCUGGAGGGGGCCUGGCGCGCCGUCGCAGAGAAGGUGCAGGAGGCCCGAGCCAACGCCCGGCUGCGACACCUCUCCUUCGCCGGCAUGAGCGGGCUGCGGCUGCUGGGGAUGCACCACGACGCCGUCGUCUUCCUCGUGGAGCAGCUGCCGGGCGCCGGGGCCUGCGGCCGCUACCGCUUCCGCUACCACCCGCGGGGCGAGGCCCAGCGCCCGCCCCCCCCCAACCCCUCCGGCUGCGCCCGCGCCGAGCUCUACGCACGGAAAUGCACCUUCGACAUGUUCAGCUUCUUGGCGUCGCAGCACCGGACGCUGCCGGCGGGGAGGGAGCCGCCGCGGCAGGAGGACGAGACCCCCCCGCCCGGCCCCCGCCGGGCCACCAGCCUGGAGCUGCCCAUGGCCAUGCGCUUCCGGCACCUCAAGCGGACGGCGAAGGAGGCCGUCGGCGUCUACCGGUCGGCGAUCCACGGCCGGGGGCUCUUCUGCAAGCGCGCCAUCGACGCGGGCGAGAUGGUCAUCGAGUACUCGGGCAUCGUCAUCCGCUCGGUGCUCACCGACAAGCGCGAGAAGUACUACGACAGCAAGGGCAUCGGCUGCUACAUGUUCCGCAUCGACGACCUGGAGGUGGUGGACGCCACGAUGCACGGCAGCGCCGCCCGCUUCAUCAACCACUCGUGCGAGCCCAACUGCUACUCGCGCGUCAUCCAGGCCGAAGGCCACAAGCGCAUCGUCAUCUUCGCCCUGCGCCGCAUCCGCCGCGGCGAGGAGCUCACCUACGACUACAAGUUCCCCAUCGAGGAGCCCGCCGCCAAGCUGCCCUGCAACUGCGGCGCCCGCCGCUGCCGCCGCUUCCUCAACUGACCGGGUUGGGGGGCGGCCCGGGGGUGUCGGGGAGCACCCACGGGGCGUGGGGAGCACCCAGAGGUCGUGAGGAGCACCCAAAGGUCGUGGAGAGCCACCAAGGAUCAUGGAGAGCAAUCAAGGGUCUUGGAGAGCAAUCAAGGGUCUUGGAGAGCACCCAAGGGUCUUUGGGAGCACCCAGAGAUCAUGGGGAGCACCCAAGGAUCAUGGAGAGUGAUCAAGGGUCUUGGAGAGCACCCAAGGGUCGUUGGGAGCACCCAGAGAUCAUGGGGAGCACCCAAGGAUCAUGGAGAGCAAUCAAGGGUCUUGGAGAGCACCCAAGGGUCGUUGGGAGCACCCAGAGAUCAUGGGAAGACACCAGAGCUCAUGGGGAGCACCCACGGGUCGUGAGGAGCACCCAAAGGUCAUGGAGAGCCACCAAGGAUCAUGGAGAGCAAUCAAGGGUCUUGGAGAGCACCCAAGGGUUGUUGGGAGCACCCAGAGAUCAUGGGAGGCCACCAGAGCUCAUGGGGAGCACCCACGGGUCGUGAGGAGCACCCAAAGGUCGUGGAGAGCCACCAAGGAUCAUGGAGAGCAAUCAAGGCUCUUGGAGAGCACCCAAGGGUUGUUGGGAGCACCCAGAGAUCAUGGGGAGCACCCAAGGAUCAUGGCGAGUGAUCAAGGGUCUUGGAGAGCACCCAAGGGUCGUGGGAGCACCCAGAGAUCAUGGGAAGCCACCAGAGCUCAUGGGGAGCACCCAAGGGUCAUUGGGAGCACCCAAAGGUCAUGGAGAGCCACCAAGGAUCAUGGAGAGCAAUCAAGGGUCUUGGAGAGCACCCAAGGGUCUUUGGGAGCACCCAGAGAUCAUGGGGAGCACCCAAGGAUCAUGGAGAGCAAUCAAGGGUCUUGGAGAGCACCCAAGGGUCGUUGGGAGCACCCAGAGAUCAUGGGAAGCCACCAGAGCUCAUGGGGAGCACCCAAGGGUCAUGGGGAGCCACCAAGGAUCAUGGAGAGCCACCAAGGAUCAUGGAGAGCAAUCAAGGGUCAUUGGGAGCCACCGGAGAUCGUGGAGAGCAUCCAAAGAUCAUGGGGAGCCACCAAGGGUCAUGGGGAGCACCCAAGGGUCAUGGGGAGCACCCAAGGGUCGUUGGGAGCCACCAGAGCUCAUGGGGAGCACCCAAGGGUCAUGGAGAGCCAUCAAGGCUCUUGGAGAGCACCCAAGGGUCAUGGGGAGCCACCAAGGGUCAUGGUGAGCACCCAAGGGUCAUGAGCAGACACCAAGGAUCAUGAGAAGCACCCAAAGAUCAUGGAGAGCCACCAAGGAUCAUGGAGAGCAAUCAAGGCUCUUGGAGAGCACCCAAGGAUCGUUGGGAGCACCCAGAGAUCACGGGGAGCCACCAGAGCUCAUGGGGAGCACCCAAGGGUCAUGGGAAGCCACCAAGGAUCAUGGAGAGCCACCGAGGGUCUUGGAGAGCAAUCAAGGGUCAUCGGGAGCACCCUGAGGUCAUGGAGGGCCACCAAGGGUCAUGGGGAGCCACCAAAGAUCGUGGAGAGCCAUCAAGGAUCAUGAGGAGCACCCAAAGAUCAUGGAGAGCUAUCAAGGGUCAUGGAGAGCACCCAAGGGUCAUUGGGAGCACCCAAAGAUCAUGGGGAGCCCCCAAAGGUCAUUGGGAGCACCCUGAGAUGGUGGGGAGCCGCCGAGGGUUGCGGGGGGCACCCAAGGGUCUUUGGGAGCCCCUUGAGGUCAUGGGGAGCUACCAGAGCUCAUGGGGAGCACCCAAGGGUCAUGAGGAGGACCCAAAGAUCAUGGAGAGCAAUCAAGGGUCAUCGGGAGCACCCUGAGGUCACGGAGGGCCACCAAGGGUCAUGGGGAGCCACCAAGGAUGGUGGAGAGCCAUCAAGGGUCAUGGGAAGGACCCAAGGGUCAUGAGGAGCACCCAGAGCUCAUGGGGAGCACCCAAGGGCCAUUGGGAGCAGCCUGAGAUGGCGGGGAGCACCCAGAGCUCGUGGGGGGCCACCUCGGGGGUCACCCAUGGGUCCCAUGGAGCCACCUACGAGGGACGUGGCCACUCCAGAGCCACCUCGGGGUCACCCGUGGGUGUCAAAGCUGACCUGCAAGGGACAGGGCCACCCUGGGGCCACCCAUGGGUGCCACGGAGCCACCCAAGAGCCACCCACGGGUGUCCUGGAGCCACCUACGAGGGGCGUGGCUGCCCCAGGGUCACCCCCAGCCCCCCUCACCCCACAGCGCCGCCCCCGUCUCCCCCCACGGAGGGUCCCCGAGACCCCCCCGACCUGCUGUGAAGCGGCGCGGGGACCCUCCCCCCCUCCCCAGCUCCUCACACCCCGAUGACUCUGGAGCCUAAUGACGGCGGCGCCUGUAGAUACUGUACAGCCCCCUCCCUCCCCCCCCCCCGGCCUUUUCUAUGCACUUUGUUGGUUUUGUUUUUUUAUUUAAGGCGGCAAAAGCGGCCGCCCCCCCCCCCCGGCCCCCCCCCCUUUGGAAUAAAGAGCCUCUUUGGA